AUGUAUCCGGAGACUUUUGAAGGAUUUGCUGUGACAGACACUUCGAAGUGGUCUACAGUGUCCAAGAUUGACUUCAAGCCCAAGCCGUUUGAGGAAUACGAUGUUGACAUUCGCAUUCUUGCAUGCGGAGUCUGCGGGUCAGAUGUUCACACAGUCAAGGGAGGCUGGAGUCAGCCUAUGCUGCCAGUCAUUCCCGGUCAUGAAAUUAUUGGUGAAGUUAUAAAGGUUGGAGAUAAAGUCAGCACCGUUAAGGUUGGUGAUCGAGUUGGUGUGGGUGCUCAAAUCUAUUCCUGCCUCGAUUGCGAGACGUGUAAGGAAGAUCACGAGAAUUACUGCCCAAAGAGAGUCAGUACUUACAAUUCUCUAUAUGCUGAUGGAUCGAUGGCCUACGGAGGCUACUCGUCGCACAUUCGUGCCCAUGAGUACUUUGUUUUCCCAAUUCCAGAUGGCCUGAAAACGGAAGAUGCGGCACCUAUGCUUUGUGCGGGCAUCACCACGUAUGCUCCUCUGGUUGAAAAUGGAUGCGGCCCUGGAAAAAAGGUAGGAAUUGUUGGAAUUGGCGGGCUGGGUCAUUUCGCGAUUAUGUUUGCAAAAGCGCUGGGAGCCGAGGUGUACACAUUUUCGCGUACGAGCAAGAAAGCAGAAGACGCGAAAAAGCUGGGAAGCGAUUACUAUAUUGCUACCUACGAGGAGAAGGACUGGGCAGAGAAGUAUGCGAAGAAACUCGACCUAAUUGUCUCUUGCGGCAACUCAGCUCAGAACUUUGAUCUGGCUGGUUAUCUAUCUUGUCUGAGAGUUCAUGGAAAAAUGAUUUCUGUUGGGCUGCCUGAGGAGCCAUUCACUGUCAGUGCAAUGCCGUUCAUGAGAGGAGGAGUCUUUUUUGGCUCUUCUCAUUUAGGAAACAGACCGCAAAUGCUCGAGAUGCUGAAGCUUGCCGCUGAAAAAAAUCUCACUGCCUGGACGGAACGUCUCCCGAUUUCCGAGAGUGGUAUCAAAGAAGCUCUUGAGAGAUGCCAUGCAGGAGAUGUUAGAUAUAGAUUUGUCCUGACUGGCUAUGACAAGUUUACAGCUUAA